GUCGCUCAUGGCUUAUGCCCAAUCAGCUGCGAGCUUUAUGAUGACACCUUGGGAUUCCGCGAAGUAGUUUCUUUCAGAUAUAGGAACAGAACAGCAAACAGCGGCACAGAGUUGACGCACUUGUGAGGGAAGAAGAGAGUAUAGCCUAUCCUACGCAAAGUUUCCACGCUUUCUGGUGUUCUUGAAAUAAUAUUGAGAAUAGACACCUGGAUGCUUCGUGUGCGUGUAGACGCAAGAAGCGACACAAGCUAUUUUCCUUUAUCCUUCGCCGGGAACAUUAUUUCAUCCCAGUCACAUUGGGAAAAACACGUGUAGGCGUGAAACCACGUUUACUGGAGUCGUCUGUACCCCGAUGCCCAUAUGAUGAGCAUCCACACUGCGCCCUGAGUUUUGUUUUGAAGUAUUUGAGGCACUGGUGACUUCUACAGUUACAGCACAGUUUGUGUAACUACAAUGACGGACGUUGAAAUUGCUGCAAGGUCCUUGGAGUCGGUCUCAAACGGAUCGAGCUCUGACCGCACAGACAAACUAGCCGGCGAGGAGGGACCUGAGGAAAGUCAAGAGAGUCGGACUCUGUUAAUGGUCGCAAUGAUUCUGCUGGACCUAAAUCAGUGUAACCCGAGCGGAAUCAGCACCAAGCGUAUGGUGGACUGUGAUGCGGAGAAUCAAACCGGCGUAAAGGAAAACCGGGAGAAAUGCAGACAGAACGCGAGCAGGGUGAAAAGGACACGGAACUGUGACAGACUGCAUGUAUCAGCUGAGAAGAGACACUGUUGUCCCUAUGCUGGCUGUGGUAAAAUAUACGGCAAAUCGUCCCAUCUCAAGGCGCACUUCAGAGUACACACCGGUGAGAGGCCCUUUCAGUGUACCUGGUCAGGCUGCACCAAGAAAUUCUCCCGGUCAGAUGAACUGACACGACAUUUUCGUACACACACAGGGGAGAAGCGUUUCAUGUGCCCGCUCUGCGACAAAUGCUUCAUGCGAAGCGAUCACCUAACCAAGCACGCCCGUAGACACGCCGGCUUUCACCCCAAUAUGCUCCAGGGUCCCGCCGGACGAAGACGACACUCUUCAACAUCCACAUCGUCCUCUGGCUCCAGUGAUCACAUGUCUGCUGGUGUUUGAACAACUACGUGACCCCCACAUUUUGGAUGUCUCUCUUACCUGACACACCCAAUUCAGGUCUUAGAGCCUUUAUUAAUGAUUAAUGACAUCUAUGAACUAUCUAUCUGAUAUGAAAUCUAUCUAUUAUAUAAUAAUGAUAUCCAUUAACUGAUGAUAAAAGAUAUCAUCAGGUGGAGUCAUACAAAACAUCGUAAUGGAGUCUUACAAAAUAUGCUUGCAGGAGUACUCCAAGACAAAGACUGAAAAUGGGACUUCUCAAUGGAAUGGAGAGAAACUAUGCAUUUUUGGCAGAAAUAAUGUAAUAAAGUCCCAAGGGUUAUUUUUAAAAU